CCUAAAUUUCAUUAAUGACUUUAUUAAUACCCACAAGGCGACUGACUGCUUUCUUCUUUAAUAGGAGCCGAUCGAGCUAGCUACUACAGUUUUUGAUAAGUCAAUUUCAUCACUUGUGACAUGAAUUGUACUCAUCAAUAACAAAGGUGAUGUUGCAUACAUUCAUGUGGAAAUUAGGAGAAAGAGAGGGAUAGAAGCAAGAACAAUGGCGGAAUUGCUUAGAGAGAGAAUGGACGGUAAUGAUCGCGUCGUAAGACGAAGAAAGAGUUUAACUGAACGGCUAGGAUUCACUGGAUCCAUUGCAUGUUGUGGGACCACCUUGUGUCUCAGACCAGCUUCGUUAAGUGUGAUGGACGACGACGACGGCGGCGAGGAAUCGCUACAACCCCCGCCGGAGGCGGCGGAAGUAGGCCGCGAUUCACAGCAGGAAACAGAGUCAGCUAAUUUGUUGUGCUUGGGUCAUAUUCCGACGGGUUCCGGGAUGAACUUAGCGGCGGCGUUACUGGCGGAGCGUAACUUCAGAUCGGGUCAAGAUACAGAUGAUCAAGGGAAUUCAAGUCCAGGCCCAAAUACAAGCCCGUUGAGAUCCAAUGAAGAUGGGCCGGGUACGCCUUAUAGGAUGUCGUUGAUGCGAUUGUUAGAGGAAACGAACGGGUGGGAUGAGAAGGAGGAAUUAGGGGUGGGGAAUGAUACGGUGUGUUGCGUGUGCAUGGGAAGGAAAAAAGGGGCAGCAUUCAUACCAUGUGGACACACAUAUUGUAGGGUGUGUUCAAGAGAGCUUUGGUUAAACCGAGGUUGUUGUCCCCUCUGCAAUAGAUCCAUUCUUGAAAUUCUCAACAUUUACUGAGAGAGAAAGUCAUGGAUUCUUGUGUUAAAGAUUUUUCUUAUCAAAGUGAGCAAAUGGAUUUGACUUUUUUUUCUAUUCAAAGAAAAAGAACAAGUUUAAGCAAAACAUAUGAAAUUGUUGUACC